AUGUACGAAGACAUGCAAUUUAAUGAGGUAGAAAAAUACCUAGUCAAAUCACAGCAGAUGAACACGGCCUUCACGCCCUUCCUGCACCAGCGGCACGGCAACGCGGCGCGCUGGCUCACGUCCCUGACCAGCGACGACAACCUGUGGGCCUGCCUGCACACCUCCUUCGCCUGGCUCCUGAAAGCGUGCGGCAGCCGGCUGACAGAGAAGCUGCUGGAAGGCGCGCCGACCGAGGACACCCUGGUGCAGAUGGAGAAGCUGGCCGACCUGGAAGAGGAGUCGGAGAGCUGGGACAACUCGGAGGCCGAGGAGGAGGAGAAGGCCCCCGUGCUGCCCGGGGGCGCCGACGGGCGGGAGCUGACCAAGUGCCCGACAGACUCGUCCUUGCUCUCGGAGCGCGGCAGCUGGCAGCCCCGCAAGCCGACCGGCUUCAAGUCGCUGCGACACAUGAGACAGGUGCUGGGCGCCCAGUCCUUCCGCAUGCUGGCCUGGCACGUGCUCAUGGGGAACCAGGUGAUCUGGAAAAGCAGAGACGUGGACCUGGUCCACUCGGCGUUCGAGGUCCUCCGGACCAUGCUGCCGGUGGGCUGCGUGCGCAUCAUCCCGUACAGCAGCCAGUACGAGGAGGCCUACUGCUGCAACUUCCUGGGUCUCAGCCCGCAGGUGCAGGUCCCCGCCCACGUGCUGUCCUCAGAGUUCGCUGUCGUCGUGGAGGUCCACACGGCCCCCCGCUCCACCCUCCUCCCGGCCGGCCGCGAGGACGAGCAGCCUCUGAGCAAGUAUGAGUUCAUGGUGACCAGCGGGAGCCCCGUGGCCGCGGACCGAGUGGGCCCCACCAUCCUGAACAAGAUCGAAGCGGCUCUGACCAACUAGAAUCUGUCUGUGGACGUGGUGGACCAGUGCCUCGUCUGCCUCAAGGAGGAGUGGAUGAACAAAGUGAAGGUGCUGUUCAAGUUCACCAAGGUAGACAGCCGGCCCAAAGAGGAUACGCAGCGGCUCCUGAGCGUGCUGGGUGCGGCCGAGGAGGACAACGUAAAACUGCUCAAGUUCUGGAUGACCGGCCUGAGCAAGACCUACAAGUCGCACCUCAUGUCCACCGUCCGCAGCCCCACGGCCUCCGAGGCGCGGAGCUGACCCGCGUCCCAGCCGGAGGGGUGGCUGGCACAGAGUGCGUCCCCUAGGAAC